AUGUAUAGAUCUCACAUAUGUGCCUUUGUUGCCUUAGUGGGAAUAUUUAUAGGAUUAUUCGUCCAAGGAGCUCCACUUGAUAAUGAUCCUGUAAAGAUUACAAACUUCUAUGAGUUGUUUAAUAAUCCUGAGGCGCACUUAUCCCUAACUGAUGGCCCCGAUACGACUCACUUUAUCGGUGAACAUGGAUACCCAGUUGAACGUCAUUAUGUAACCACCGAAGAUGGGUAUAUAGUCAGCCUCUUCCGGAUUCCCUACUCCCACAACCUUCAGAAUCAGGAUGAAAAGAGGCCAAUUGUUUUCAUCCAACAUGGUCUAUUCGCCAGCUCUGAUUUCUGGCCAAGUCUGGGACCAGACGAUGGUCUUCCUUUCCUGCUUUCCGAUGCUGGAUACGAUGUUUGGUUGGGAAAUGCUCGUGGAAACAGAUACUCCAGAAAUCAUACAUCCCGCUCUAUAAAUCAUCCGGACUUUUGGCGCUUCAGUUGGCACGAGAUCGGAUACUUCGACAUUGCCGCUGCCAUUGAUUACACUUUGUCCACGGAGAAUGGAAAGGACCAGGAGGGUAUCCACUAUGUGGGACACUCGCAAGGCACAACUGUAUAUUUCGUCCUGAUGUCCUUGAGGCCGGAAUAUAACGACAAGAUUAAAACCGCCCAUAUGCUGGCUCCGGUGGCUUUUAUGGAUCACAUGGAUGACUUUAUGGUCAAUACCCUGUCUCAAUAUCUGGGCUUUAACAAUGUCUACUCAACACUUUUCUGCUCUCAAGAGUUUUUGCCGUACAACGAUUUCGUCUUAGCUCUCAUGUAUAGUGUUUGUCUCCCAGGAUCAGUUGUUUCCAGUUUUUGCAGCAGCAGUAGUGCUGAAACCUCUGUUGAUCAAGGAAGAACUAAUUCGACUGCCAACUCCGUAAUAUAUGGCGUCAUGCCUGCUGGUGUGUCCACAGAUCAAAUUUUGCACUACAUGCAGGAACAUCAAUCGGGACACUUCCGUCAGUUUGACUUUGGAAUCAAAAAGAACCUGAAGCUAUAUGGAACUGAAUCACCUUCGGAUUAUCCAACUGAGCUGAUAACAUCCGAGAUGCAUCUGUGGUAUUCAGACAAUGAUGAGAUGGCUGCAGUGGAAGACGUUCUCAGAGUGGCGGAAACGCUGCCUAACAAGGUGAUGCAUCACAUGGAGGACCCACUGUGGGAUCACAUGGACUUUGCCACUAAUUGGGAAGUUCGCCAGUACAUCAAUGAUCCGAUAAUAGCGAUCUUGAACGAGUACGAGGCAAAGUGAUACGGACAAAGUCCAAAUAAUUAGAGUU